CCGGAUGUGCGGCUCGCUGAGUUAGUUAUAAUCACGAUCAUUUUCACGCUUCGAGCAGUCGCGCGCGUCUGUGCAUCAUCAUCGAAAGUGCACGAAUUCGUAGAGCGCUCGAAUCGUCAAUCGCGGCUUGUCGGUGCAAUCAAACUCGCUGUCGACGACGUCCGGGAGAAUCGGUGGAAAUCACUUAACGCGCGAUAAGAAGAUAAUAUUAGCGACGCUAUCACUCUUUCGGAUCGACAUAAUUCGUAAAAUCCCGCUAAUCAGAUUGCCAUAGCCGCUCCUGUCACGAUAUAUAUAUAUAUAUAUCAACGUGAAAAUUUAAUAAUUAUUUUUACAAGUUAUCAGUCAUUAUGUCUCCUCGCGAUCUCGCUUUACGCGUCCUCCUAAUUUCGAUCGUUCGUUUCUCGACGACGUCGAUCAUCCGGCCGCAGAGAUUGUACAUCGUACAACUCUCGUCGCAACCGGCGAGGGGAAAUAUACCGGACCGAUGGAGAACGCUACCGGAGUUUGAUGCGCCGCAAAUCGAGAUUCAACUGCUGAAGGGCUACGUCUCGUCGAACGGGAAAUUGAUAUUCACCAAUGAGUACAAAUACCCGGAGACAGGUUACAAUGGCGAGGCAAAGAUGACAUCGACAACAGAUGAGAAGAAAAUCUGGCAAAUUGAGAAUGACGAUAUGAAGGAGAGAGGAAAGGAGAAAGAGAACGUUCAGGGAAAUAUCGUGAUACCUGGUAGGACCAUCCCGGCGAUUGGAUCCAGGCAUGUUAUUGAUGCGCCUCCAAGGUGCCCGGAUGGAAAAAAACACGAUGCGCAUGGACAAUGUAGGGAGAUGAUAUGAGUUACCUCUUCUAUUUUAAGCUAUUAAAUGGCUAUUAAUUUCUGGACCUAAAAUGGGCAGACACAGAAAAAGAAGACAAAAGGGAAACACUUAAAUAAUUGAAGCUCUCCAGUUAUCGAUAUUUAUCUUAUAUAAAAGCAUAAAGUAUUUAAAAACGUGAGAAAGCUACUUUAUGAAUAAAAUACUAUAUUAAAUUUGUAUAUUUUUUAUUACGCGUUCUACACUUGUAUAUGAUUUUAUUUAAUUGAUAUGACAGUCUUAUAUUUCGUACAUCCGUUAUGCAAGUUUCAUAAAUUGUCAAGAAAAUAAAAAUAAAUUCUGAUAUACGUCAAAAUUUAGCAUGCAAUAUUUAACUUUCAAUCCAUAUAAAUUCUACGUAUCUAUAUCCAGCAAAACUACCGAUAUUUUUGAAACUUAUAAAUUACUAUGUGUUUCAAAAUGCGAGAAUAAAACGCGAACUAAAUCGUGAAAUACAUUUAUAUUUUGAGAUAUAUAUGUACUUUCGCUCAAUAAUGAAAGAAAGAAAUAAUUUAAGCAUUAAUUUAACUUUAUAGAGUUAAAUUAAUUAUAGAUAACUUAAGAAUUUCGUAUUCUCCAGCCAGAUCUUACGACUGAACAGAUUUUACGACAAUGUGGUAAGCUAAUCUGGAUGUGGUUACAAUAUAAUUCAUUAAACUAAUUAAGAAACCAAUACAUAAAUGACAUAUUUAACUUAUACAAUAAACGGAUUGCAGAUGUAAAUCACGACUGACUAAUUAAAUUAAAUUAAUAUCGCGUACACGCUGUUAUUUUAUUGUAGUAAUAUCUCUCGAAUGAAAUUGUCGAAUAGAAUCCUGAUUAAUUGUAUUGCCGCGCGUUAUAUAACGGGCGGGCUAAAUGCGACGCUUAGAUUAUCAUAAUGAAAACAUUGUAUAAAAAUAAAUUAAUAAUAAGAAAAAAAUAUUCUCUAAGAAAUAUUUAAAAUUGCCCAGAUUAUAAUCCAAGCCUUCUUUAAUUCUUAACGAUCAGUUAUAUUAAUUAAUUUAGUAAUAUGAAUAAAAAAUCGCCUAACAAGUAAA